AUGGCACGUUUAGCCGGUAAAGUAGCAUGUGUAACAGCAUCGACUGAUGGAAUCGGUUUUGCCAUUGCUCAUCGAUUAGCUCGUGAAGGUGCACGUGUUGUUAUUUCGAGUCGUAAACAAGAUAAUGUUCAAAAAGCAGUAGAUGCAUUAAAGAAAGAAAAAUUUGAUAUCUAUGGAACUGUUUGUCAUGUAAGCAAAAGUGAUGAUCGAAAACGUUUAUUAGAUGAAACAAUAAAAAAAUAUGGUAAAUUAGAUAUAUUAGUGUCUAAUGCUGCAAUAAGUCCACGAGUUGGAAAUAUUUUAGAAACAACAGAAUCCGAAUGGGAAAAAAUAUUUGAUGUUAAUGUUAAAUCUGCUUUUUUUCUAAUUAAAGAAGCUAUUCCGUAUCUUGAAGCACAAAAAAAUAGUUCAAUUGUUAUUGUAUCUAGUAUAGCUGGUUAUAGUCCAAUGGAUCUUAUUGGUGCUUAUUCAGUAUCAAAAACAACUUUACUUGGUUUAACUAAAGCACUUGUGAAUCCAUGCAUAGAAAAAGGUAUUCGAAUCAAUGCUAUUGCUCCAGGAAUUAUUAAAACAAAAUUCAGUCGAUCAUUAUGGGAUAAUGAUAAUAAUGGCAAAGAAUCUGAAGACGUACUAUUUGAUGGAUGUGCAAUUGGUCGAGUUGGUACACCUGAUGAAUGUGCUAAUACAGUAGCAUUUCUUGCUAGUGAUGAUGCAUCAUAUAUUACUGGUGAAACAAUUGUUGUUGCUGGUGGUAUGCCAAGUCAUCUUUAA